AAAAAUCAUUCAGCAUAAUAAAGCAAGAUGUCUGACUUUGACACAAUUGAAUUGGCUUGUCUUGGCCGACCUUUUCAGUUGGGAAUGCUGUACGACUGCCGAAGAGACGUCCUUAUUCCAGGAAUAACUCUUUGGGAUGCAGAGAUGUUACAGAAGAAUAUUAAUGUGCGGCCACAGCCAAACACAGACUUCAAAAUCAUUACCUCAGAUUCAAGUGAAGACAAAAAACAAGCUCUGAAUGUUUCUGCAUCUCUUGAAGCCAGCUUUCUGUGUGGAUUAGUCAGCGUAAAAGGGUCAGCUGACUUUUUUAAUGACAAGAAGAAAUCCAGACACCAGUCUCGAGUGUCUUUACAGUAUCGAACAACCUCACGUUUUGAGCAGCUAACCAUGGAGCAUCUUGGAGCGGGAAACGUUAAGCACUGCAAUGUAUUUGAGGAGGGAUCUGCAACACAUGUUGUUACGGCUUUGUUGUAUGGAGCUCAAGCAUUCUUUAUUUUUGACCGUGAGGUUUCAUCUGAUGAAAACUAUCAAGACAUACAAGGUGACCUCCAUGCGUCAAUCAAAAAGAUACCUUUAAUAUCAAUUGAGGGUAAGGCAUCUUUGAAAAUGAGUGAGUCAGAACAAGAGAAAACCAACAAGUUCAGCUGCACGUUUCAUGGAGAUUUUGCUCUAGAUAACAAUCCGGUUACCUAUUUAGAUGCAAUCAAGGUUUACUCAGAGCUUCCGAAACUGUUGGGGGAAAAUGAAGAAAAAGCUGUGCCCAUGACCGCGUGGCUUUAUCCUCUGAAGAAACUCGAUUCUGCAGCCGCUCAGUUAGUCAGAGAGAUAAGUGUUGGUCUAGUACGACGUGCUCAACGCAUUAUAGAUGAAUUGGAUGAUUGUGACAUACAAUGUCAAGACCUGAUGAAGGAGAACAUUGCCAUUCAAUUCCCUGAAAUCAAGUCCAAGCUCAGAAAAUUUAAAGACCUCUGCUCAGAGUACAAACUUGUUUUUCAAAAACGUCUAUGCAAGCUUCUUCCAUCUAUAAGAGGUGGGGGGAAUGAAGAACAGGAUCUUGUGGAUGUUCUGAACAGCAAAGAAAGAUCUCCAUUUCAAAGUGCUCUGAUAGCAGAGUAUCUUAAAGACAGAGAGCGUGAGAUUAAUGUUGUCAGAUCUUACCUAGAGAUUAUGAAUCAAGUCCCUGUCCUUUCAUCCAGCAAUGACUUGGACAAGGUUGUCCUGAAUGCAACCAAUGAUUAUGUGAUAGUUUUUGCACUCUCCUCCCUGAAUGAAAAGGAAACAUACCUUACAGACUUGGAGAAUUACCUUAAGAAACCAUCAUGUAACAAUGGGGAUCCAUUAAGUUGUGAACCAGGUUCCACAAUGAAGGUUGAGAAAUGGUUUUCCUCAGGAGAUGUAACUACACUGACAAGGAAGAACAUACAGGCCUUUCUAGAUUUCAAACAAGCAAAUGACAAACGAAGAAAUAUUAAAUUCGGCAUUGCAUCAAUCCCAGACAAGCUCAGCACCGCCUCCUCAAUUCAUUUUUUUGAAAGGGGAAGGCUUGUAAGCUCCCAGUAUGAGCUUCCUUCAAAACCUCCAACACCAAUCAUCUUGAGUGCUGAGCAUGAUCGCAUACAUCUGCAAAUCACACCUCCUGAACGUGGUGCUGGUUGUGUGGACUCAUACUGUAUUUCAUACCAGUCAAAACAAAACUCUGAAUGGACAGAGAUGUAUACUGAUGGGAUUUCUGACAAGGUCACAGUCAAGGCCUUAGAACCACAUAAAGAAUAUCGGUUCAGCUGCAAGGCUGUGUGUCGUCCUGGGCAAAGUCUUCCCAGCGAUGCAACAUUAUUCUUUCAGACCCGUCCAUGUGCUCCUCCUGGCACACCCAUAAUAAAAAGAGUGGAAGCUGAAUCUGCGACUGUAGCCUGGGAUGUUCCUACAUCUGUUGGUGAAGACAUCCUGGUCACUGAAUAUGUGUUGGAAUUUAGAGAAUUCAAGAAAGAUCAGAAAAAUGAAAUGCCAUGGAUGUCAGUGAAAUCUACAUAUAGGGAGUGUACUCUUCAACGACUGAAAGAAAACACAGAUUACACAAUUAAAGUUUUCGCAAACUGUGGUGGUGAUGGAAUAAGUCUUCCUAGCCCUGAAUCUGUGUUUUCUACCAGUUCUGAAUGUAAAUGGUCAGGCAAAGAUGGAAGCGAGUUAUUUCUGAAGCAGUCUGCUCGUAUCCACAAAGGGAAUCCUUCAAUCUAUACACUGACACUGCACAAAAAAAUUGGUGAAAAUGUGAAUUUUAAUCAGUAUGUUUUUGGAAAAAAGGUUGAAGAUGUGAAAAACAAAGUCAUUCUUCUUUUGGGAUCGACAGGUGCAGGAAAAACUACGCUGAUCAAUGUCAUGAUCAAUUACAUUCUGGGGGUAAAGUGGCAGGAUGCGUAUCGCUUCAAACUGAUCAAUGAAGUGACCAAUCGCACACAGGCAGAAAGUCAGACAUCUGAAAUCUCAUCUUAUGAGCUGUACAAUCAAGCUGGCUUUCAAAUUCGCUAUUCUCUCACAAUCGUAGACACGCCGGGAUUUGGCGAUACGAGAGGAAUUGCACAUGAUAAACAGAUAAUGGAGCAGAUGAAAAGCUUUCUUUGUAGCCCUUUGGGAAUCGAUCAUAUUGAUGCUGUCUGCUUUGUUGUCCAGGCCUCUCUUCCCCGUCUUAGUGCCAACCAAAGGUACAUAUUUGACUCCAUUUUGUCCAUUUUUGGCAAAGACAUUGCAGAGAAUAUAAUGAUCCUGGUGACGUUUGCAGAUGGUAAAGACAUUCCGGUUCUGGAAGCCAUUAAAGCCGCUGAUCUGCCCUGUCAGAAAAAUAAAAAGGGACAACCCACUCACUUCAAGUUUAACAACUCGCCUGUGUUUGCAGACAAAAGAGCAGAAGAACCUACAGCGUCCGACAAUGAUUCAGAUGACUCAGAGGAAGAAGGUGAUGAUCAAAAAUAUAACGAAAUGGUCUGGACAUCAACCUUCAAACAGAUGAGAGUUUUUUUCAAGGCACUGGGGGCCAUUGAAAGUAAAGAUCUGACAAUGACUAUAAAGGUCUUGGAGGAACGAGCGCGUCUUGAGAAUGCAAUGGCAAGUCUGACCCCUCAGAUAACUGCUGGCCUCUCUAAACUGAGUGAGAUCAAGAAACUCAAGCAAUGUUUGAAAAAUGAAAGUGAGAACAUGGAACAAAGUGAGAAUUUCGAGCAAGAUGUUGAGGUGAUGCAUGCCAUCAGAACUCCUGUAAACUGUUUUACCAUGAACUGCAACACAUGCUUCUUCACAUGUCACACCAGCUGCUACCUUCCUCAAGAAGAUCCUGUGAGCAAUUGUGCUGUGAUGGACGAUGAUGGCUACUGCGUUAUGUGUCCUGAAAACUGCCAUUACUCAAAACAUUUACGGGAAAAAGUCAUGUGGUCGUAUGAAACAAAAACAGAGAAAAAAACUAUAAGUGAGCUAAAGGACAACUUCAUGAAGGCAAAAGGGAAAUUUAUGGAUUCCAGGCAAAUGCUUGAUGCGCUUGAAGAUGAAUUCAAAGUAAUUGAAGACAAACUAAUGAAACUGAUCAAACUGUCCUCUGACUGCUUAAGAAGACUGGAUGAAAUUGCGCUGAAGCCAAAAUCUCUCUCAACAGCAGAUUACCUUAAAAUCCUGAUCAAAACAGAGGAGGAGGAGAAAAAACCUGGCUUUGAGGACCGCAUCAUUGGACUUGAGAAAAUGAAAGAGGAAGCUCUUAUUGUGGAAAAGAUUGCGAGGGGAGAGAAUCUGCUUGAAAAUGAGCGCUGCAUUAUGAUGGAAAGAAAGAAGAGAAUGGAAACGGUUGCACAGAAAAUUAUGAAAAUGAAAAAUGUUGUUAGUGCUUUACAAUCAGAAAGCAACUAGGAAACACACAAGACUAAAGAAGACUCUGGCCAUGACGAUCAAAAAGUGCUCUAAUCAAAAUAAAGAUGAGUUUAAAAAGAAUGUUUAAAUUAGUAAUUUAGUUUGUAAUUGAAUUUUGUAAUUUAGUUGUUUCAAACAAUAAUACUCAUUUAAUUAGAAAUCAAACACUGGUAGAGUUUAUACCGAAUAUAAGAGUAAUUUCUCAUCUGUAUCUUGAUACUAAAUAUAACAGCAUAUUUUUCUUAAUUCUAAAGUCAAAUCAAAAACAUUUUCUGUUCUAUCUUGUCUUUCAAAUCAAGAGCACAUUUGGAGUUUUACACAUUGCUUACUAUGUGUAGGAAAGAAGCAAAACAGAUUUAAGGCGCAGACAAUACGACGCAAUGGCUUAUAUUUGCUAUGGACACAUCUGAGGAGAAUCAUGUGUAAUAUUAACAAUGUUAAAUCAGCCAAAUGAAACAAAGUCCCUGUUCAAAGAUAAAUGGAAAAUAAUAAGGUUUGAAUGACAUUUUGAUCGUCAAAACAUUUGAUCUUAUGCCAUGUAAUGUAUGUAUGUCUUUGUACCAAGUUCAAGUUUCAAGAAAGAAUAUAAGAUUUUGUGAAUAUGCAGCAAUGGCCUGACAAGGCAAGUUUCAUUUUAAUUAACUGAUACAAGAUUUUCUCACAUGUUAAUCCUUAAUAAACGUAUGCUUAAUAAAAUCAUGC